CUUGCUAAUGUUGUACUGCUGCUUAUUCUCAGCUGUGUCCUCCUCUCUUUAUUCCUCCUCUUGUCAGUUUCUGAGACAGUUUAUUCUAAAUGGGAUGCACAAAACUGGAGAUGUGAUUCUUGGUGGGAUUUUUGCAAUCAAUUUAUUUUCUGCUGACCCUGACCUGACUUUUACCUCAGAGCCACAGCUGCCUCCCUGCUAUGGGUUUGAUAUCACAGGAUUCAGACAGACCCAGACCAUGGCCUUUGCUAUCGAUGAGAUCAACAGAAACUCCAACCUGCUGCCUAAUGUGACUCUGGGAUACAGUCUGUAUGAUAACUGCUUUCAACUACGAAUUGGAUUUCCUGCAGCACUGUCCUUAGUCAGCGCUGCAGGAAAAGAAGAGCAACUUACAUUAGAGGAGAAUUGUGUUGGAACUCCUCCAGUCCUAGGGAUUGUGGGAGAUACUACCUCUUCAAAUUCUAUAGCCAUUUCUACUGUCUUAGGUUUGUACAGAAUGCCUCUGGUGAGUUAUUUUGCCUCAUGUUCCUGCCUGAGUGACAGACAAAAGUUUCCAUCUUUCUUUAGAACAAUCCCAAGUGAUGCUUUUCAGGUGAAUGCUAUGAUUCAGAUUCUAAAACACUUUGGUUGGACUUGGACAGGUCUACUCAUCAGUGAUGAUGAUUAUGGAGUCCACGCUGCCCGAUCCUUUCACUCUGAUCUGGGUCCAGCUGGUGGAGGUUGUCUGGCUUACACUGAGAUUUUGCCUCAGGGUUAUGACCCUGCUGAACUGAGAAGAAUAGUGGAUGUAAUGAGGAAAUCUACAGCUCGAGUGGUGAUUGUGUUUGCCAAUAAUUUUCCCACGUUUAAUCUCAUGAAAGAGGUGGUGAGGCAGAAUGUGACAGGCCUGCAGUGGAUUGCCAGUGAAAUCUGGUCAUCAGCUGCUGCGCUCCAGACUCCUUACUUCAUCCCGUACCUUCGUGGAACACUGGGCAUCUCCGUCCAACGAGGAGAAAUACCAGGACUCAGAGACUUCCUGUUACAAAUACGUCCUGAACUACAUCACAACAACACCCAUGGAAACAGCAUGGUGAAUCAAUUUUGGGAACACACAUUUCAGUGUAGAUUUGCACCACCUCCAGCAGGUUGGGUAGAAGCUGGAGGAGAAUUAUGCACUGGACAGGAAGUUAUAGAGAAUGUGGAGAAUGAAUUAGUGGAUGUUUCAAACCUCAGACCAGAGUAUAAUGUGUAUAAGGCUGUGUACGCUCUGGCGUAUGCUCUUGAUGACAUGCUGCAGUGUGAGCCAGGGAGAGGACCUUUCAGCAACAACACCUGUGCUCAUUUACAAAGACUGGAGCCAUGGCAGCUUGUGUAUUACUUGGACAAAGUCAACUUCACCACAAAAUUUGGUGAUCGAGUGUCAUUUGAUGAGAAUGGCGAUACCAUACCAAUAUAUGACAUCAUAAAUUGGGUGUGGCUCCCUGAUGGAAGAACUAAAGUUCAGACAGUGGGUGAGGUUAAGAGGUCAGCCUUCAAAGGUGAAGAACUCACACUGGAUGAAGACAAAAUCUUCUGGAACUUUGAAUCCAAACAGCCUCCUCAGUCAGUGUGCAGUGAGAGUUGUCCUCCAGGUACCCGUAUGGCCAGAAAGCAGGGGAAGCCUGAGUGUUGUUUUGACUGUGUCCCUUGUUCUGAGGGAAUGAUCAGCAAUACAACUGACUCCAUGGAGUGCACCAGUUGUCCAGAAGAUUUCUGGACCAGCCCUCAGCGUGACCACUGUGUUCCUAAGAAAAUAGAGUUCCUCUCCUACCAUGAGCCUCUGGGUAUCUGCUUGACAACCACCUCACUGUUGGGCACAUGUAUCUGUGUUGUUGUUCUGGGCAUCUUCAUCCACCAUCACAACACACCCAUAGUUCGUGCCAACAAUUCAGAACUCAGUUUUCUUCUAUUGGUUUCGCUCAAAUUGUGUUUCCUCUGUUCGUUGCUCUUCAUUGGACGACCCAGAUUAUGGACUUGUCAACUAAGACAUGCAGCAUUUGGCAUCAGCUUUGUGCUUUGUGUAUCAUGUAUCCUGGUGAAAACCAUGGUGGUUCUGGCUGUGUUCAAGGCCUCCAAACCAGGAGGUGGGUCCACUCUGAAGUGGUUUGGUGCUGUGCAGCAGAGAGGGACAGUUCUGGUUCUGACUUCUAUUCAAGCAGCAAUCUGCACUGCAUGGCUUGUCUCUGCUUCACCAGUGCCUCAUAAAAACAUCCUCUACCACAGUGGCAAGAUAAUCUAUGAGUGUGCAGUUGGGUCCACAGUUGGUUUUGCAGUUUUACUUGGUUAUAUUGGUUUACUGGCUGUCCUCAGUUUUUUGUUAGCUUUUCUAGCAAGGAAUCUUCCAGACAGUUUCAAUGAGGCCAAACUCAUCAAUUUCAGCAUGUUGAUCUUCGGUGCAGUGUGGGUGGCCUUUGUCCCUGCGUACAUUAACUCACCAGGCAAAUAUGCAGAUGCAGUGGAGGUAUUUGCUAUCCUGGCCUCCAGUUUUGGCCUCUUGGUGGCGCUGUUUGGACCUAAAUGUUACAUAAUCUUGUUGAGACCAGAGAGAAACACAAAGAAAGCCAUCAUGAGUCGAGGCACCACAAAGUAAAACUGUUGUUCGUUUAUCUAUCAUCUGUAUUUUAGACUUGUAUCUAUCACAUCACAAUACAGGCAAUAAAGAUUUUGAUAAAAAAAUACUUUUUUACUAAAAUUACUACUAAAAUCAUAACCAAUUGUUUUUCCCAAUGUUGGUAGGUAAUGUCAUUUUUCACUAAACUACUUUGUGAGGUAGAGGAGGAAACUCCAAUUAACGUUGCUUUUGGAUCUGUAUCUGUGUCAUUUCCUUUUUCAACCCUGAACAGCCACUUCAGCCACUGCUUAGAACACAUUUUUUUAUUGUUUUCCUGAGCUCUCCAAAGCGGAUUUCAAAAGUGCUUGCUCGUGAUGCAAGUAGCAGGUCAGACCACUCCUCUGAACAGCAGCUCCUUCUCCUGCUCCGGAGUUGUGUCAACUGCUUGCUCUGUUGCUGCUGUAAAAAGCAGCACUUGACACUUCAGAAGCUGCUAAACGUCUUCCUGAGGACUCAACACCAAACUCAGUCUGAAGGAAGGAGCUGUGUCAACUAUCCAUGAUAGAUUUCUUGACAGCAGAGAUAAGUAUUUCAAACAUUAAUUCAUUUGACACGUUUGUGCAUGUUUCUUCUCCUGUGUAGCAUGAGCUAACUGCUACAGGAUUUAAAGGGAAGUGUGUGUGUGUGUGUGUGUGUGUGUGCUCCCAGUUAGCACAAUGUUAGCAGGCUAACAGCUUGAAUUGUGACAUCGCUUGCCAGCAGUCGGAACUUACAAAAAAUUAUUUAAACAAACUUUUUAGCUUUUUAAGUUCCUGUAAA